CGUGCUUAUAAUCUCCACCCUUCUACCCCAGUAUCCGGACACCCCGUGAAACCCUAGCGACUCUUGCCCCGGCGGCGGCGGCGGCGGCAGCAAAGGCGAAGAUGAUCUACGACGUGAACUCCCCUCUCUUCCGCUCCUUCCUCAGCCAGAAGGGCGGCGCCUCCUCCGACAAGAGGAAAAUGGAAGAGCAAAAGCCAAAGGAGCAGAGGCCCAAGGCCAGUGAGAACAAGCCUGUGAUGAAUGAAUGAAGGCUUUCUGAUGUGUUUGGUCCUUACAAGGAAUAGGCUUCAAUCAUGUGAUUCCUAGUAUGUUUCUGUACUGGUUCUGUUUAAGUGAGUUUGAUGUGAACCAUGUCUGGAACAUCUGAGAACUUCCCAGCUAUCAAUCUUUAAUUUUACAUCUGAGAACUUCCCAGCUAUCAAUCUUUAAUUUAGCUUGAUAA